AUGGGCACAAGUACAAUGGGGAGUGAUUUGCAUUCUGAUAAGCAGGAUAAGCUUUUAAAGCUACAAGCUCGUAAGAAGGAGCUAGAGCAGAUGCUAGCAGCUAAAAAUGAAGAACUGUACAAGUUAUGCGUGCAAGAAGUUCAAUUAACGGGAAUCAUGCCACCUGAAGCUCCCUUGAGUCCAGAAGUUCCACAAAGAGAAAGAUUGGGAAGUAUACGUAGCGUAGAUCGUUCCACGGAUGGUACUGAUGUACAAGAUGGUUGUGACACAACCUCUAGGCGCCUCAAAGUAAAUGACAGACACGAAGCGGAGCAUAAUAUGCACAAGUACGACGUCCUGAGACAAGUUGUUCUAACUUUUUUUCCUUCUCCACCACAAGAGCGUAAUCCUGAAACAUUUUCUAUGCACACUUCACACACCUAUCCUGCUUUAGCCAAUCGUCAUGAUGGCCUACCCAGUGAAAACAUUCAUGCUGAGUUACAACAAGGGCCAGCUUACCGUCAUCAUACUAUGGCUACUGAAUAUACCAAUAAAAUAUAUUAUAGUAAUACACCAUCUGAAUCACACAAUGUGUCUCGUUUACGAGAAACCCACUUUAGUUCCAGUCAUCCAGAUAUAACUACUCAUUACACACAUGGAUUGAUUGCCCAGAAUUCUAUUCCUCAGCAGAAUGGCAUGCGUAGUACCCCUCUAUUAUAUCAGUAUGCAUCACAACUAAAAGCACAGAGCCAGCAUUUAGGAGCUUUAAAUCAUCACCAUCAAAUGCAAGCACAGCCUAAGAGAAGAAAUGAAGGUGUGCGGAGAAAUACUUUACAGAGAACCCAAACAUAUCACCUUACAUCACAUAGUGAUUAUAACCACCAUUUAGAAAAUAUGUCUGAGGGCUAUCGUCCUCCAGCACCAAUUUACCAACACAGGUCACAACCAGAUAUACAGGAACCACCAAUACCCAAGCCAAUUGAAAGAAAUAUACCUGUACCAAAUACGCUGCCCUUACGUGAACGAAAUGCAAUUAAAAAUCCACUCCAUCUACAGUUACAAGUAUCAACUGAAGAUUAUCUUGAUGAGAGACGACAAUACAUAGAUCCUUUAAGUCCAGUCAGUCAAAUGUCUGGUUAUUCCCAUAAUUUUGAUUCUGUUAGUAUGAACAAAAUCUCUCCACUCUCCCAGGAUUCAAGGAAAGAAAAGCAAUGGUAUGAAACAUCUCUAGAUUCUCCCACUCGAGAGCCAACUCUGCUUAAAAAGAGUGCAAGUUUAAAGCGUAGUCCUAGUUUAGGAAAUUCUCAACCAUAUGAAAUUAUGAUUUCUACUGGUCGUCACAUGGCCAUGCAUAGUCCAAACCACACACCCAACAGCCCACCAGUUCUGUCACCUGGUGCUAUCUCUCUAGAAUCACCUAAAAACUUGACUGUAAUUGAACAGGGUAAAUGUAUACCAUAUAGAGAAGAGACAAAACCAUUUGAAAUGUCUGACUUUUAUAAGUAUUCUACAAAAUUUCGUCAGUCAAAUGUACAAAAGCCACCACCACCCCAACCAGUUCAAAAUUUGAAUAAUAUGUAUAACAAAUUGCCAAUGGAGUUGCCACAAUAUAGCCAAGAAAAUUGGCAUCCUAGCAACUAA